GUCUGCAGCACCACAAUGAGCAGAGGAGAUACUGAUUGCCCGUGAAAAGGCAUCGAAAUGGUUCUCCUGCGGCGUUGCAGCAUUUUAAAGUUGUCAAGCCCUAGCUCACCCAAGGGCGCUGUUAGUUCUCUGAGUCCGUAGAGAGCUGUCCCCCGCCCGUGCCACAGGAGAGCCAGGCUGGCCCCAAACUGCAACCGGCUGGAGAGAGACGCCAUUUUGGGACAGGAACGUUCCUGGGGCCUAUGGACAGACUCUCACUGAGCACUGACUAAUCAGAUAAGUAUUAUCCAAUUACUCUCCUCUUGCUCAAACAAACUCUAAUCCCACUCUUGGUUCUCUGUAGGAUACCAUUGAUUCUUUAGAGGAUCUUUCUGAUCUCUCCCUUCAGGUUCGGCUCAGAGACCAGCUCAUCAUUUCUCCCAGUAAAUAACAAUCAGUUUAUUUGACUACUGGGGAGGAUUAGGCUGCCCAUCAUCUGCUGGGAUAUCUGAUAGCUAGGAAGGGGUCAGGAAUCUCAGAAACCGGCAUGAAUCAGGUCCUCAAUGAACCAAGGUCCCAACGGACCCACGGUAUGAUGAUGGACACACAAGCGGUCAUCUGCAAUUGGGCUAGGUGGAUCCUGGACCUAUCACUGCCUCCAGUGAUUGCCGGGGACAGGAGAUCAGGAGCACAGGAACAGAUAAUUCUAGGUCAGCCGGGAAGGGAGCCAAAGCCGUGGAGGAUUAUGUAGCUGACUGCCACGGCUGUAUGAAGCUGGUUCUUGCUGCUGGUGAGAGGGGUACAAGUUGAUGAGAGUCCAGCACCCACCACUGCCUCACUGAGAGGAGAGAUGAAGGGAGAGGAAGCAGAUCCCUCUGAGCCUUACAGGUCCAGAAACCUGAAGAGUAGAGGAAAACCAGGUGAUCCAGCUAACGACAACUUGAGGAAAGCGGCUGUGUCUGGAGAUCGAGCUGUAUUCAUUGCCAUAGUUGUGGUCUUGGUGGUAAUCAUCAUUGCUUUAGCAGCAGCUUUGGGAGUGGGAAAAUCUAAGCAGCCUCCUCCUUGCCCCACUGCUGCCUCCCAGUGCCUGGACGGCUGGUUCAGGAACCGAGGGAAAUGUUACUAUUUUUCUAAGGCUGAAGGGGACUGGACCUACAGCCAGAAAAACUGCUCUUCACACGCUGCCUCCCUGGCUGGGAUUGAGAAUCUGCAGGAGCUGGGUUCCUUGCUGCCCUACAAAGGCAAACUGGACCACUGGAUCGGUCUCUGGAAGAACGGGGGCCAGAUCUGGAAAUGGGCCAAUGGGACAAAGUUUGACCAUCGGUUUCAAAUACAAGGAGGAGCAGACUGUGCAUACCUGGAUGAAGACCUCACAGUCAUCAGCUCCAGCUGCAGCACAUCAAGAAAAUGGAUGUGCAGUAAAUCUGAUACCCCUACGAAGGAAGAGGAGCGUGUAGUGGGAGGGGACUCAUGAACUCAAGGGGACAUGUCUGGUGGUGAAAAAUUCUCUGCUGUUUCUUCUCACCUCUGUUUCCUGAAAUGCAGAUUUUCCUUGUCUCCUGUCUUCUUCCUUUGGCUGUCUUACAACUUAUGUGUAAACUGAGGGGAAAACACUCCUUUUUUUUCAGACCUGCUUGACCAAUGCUGCCUAACUUGGGCUACGUGCUUUUGAACGUGUGCCAAAAACAUUAUUUGGGGGAAUUUAUAACUUUACAUAUAAUGAUGCUAUGUCCAUUUCACCAUGAUAUUAUUGACCAGCAAGUUAUUAGUUUUCAAAUGAUGCCUUACAAGGUGUAUUUUCUAUAAUGUAGAAAAUACAGGGUGUAGAGUGUGAAUACGGGAGUACAUGCUGUCACAGGGUGGUGCCUCUCUAGAGUUGUUUAGUGACUCACCUUAAUCAAUCUGUACUGUGCAUAGUUCCCGAGGAGCUGUGGUCACUCUCCCCCAUGGAGUAGACCACAAGCAGAGAGAAGCCAUUCAUACAUUUUAACACAAUGGUCCCCAAACAGAUUGCAGGGCAGGAGGUUGCAAUAUCCCAGAUUCUCAGAUCCCCUUGUUGCUGGGGAUCAUCUCCUCAGUAUCAGUCUGAAAAUUCCCCCCUUGUUCAAUUCAUUCUUAGCUCCAGUUGCUCCCUGGUGUCUUUAAUGAUUUCUUGUCUUCUUGGGGUUUGCACCCUUCAGACUGGGACAUGGGUCUCAUGGCUCCUUACUGUGUCCCCAGACUGUGACAAAUUAGGGUAACCUAAUCAUUAGGGUAACCUUUCUGAAGACAGCAUCCUUCCCUGAAACCCCUUGGAUGCCAUAGGAUGUCUUUGGCCUUGGGCUGUGGUUGUCAGGUUCCAUGUGGUGGUGGCACUUCCAAGCUCUGUCCACCUUUCUUGUUUACAGCCAGCAAUGCAGCUGUGCUGCCCUGUGAGAUACAGAGUGUGGGUGUCUUCAUGCAAACCCAGCCUCUGAAUUUGUGCCUAGG